GUGGGAACCCCCUCAUCAACCAACACACGAGCGGUCUGUUCUUGCUUUUUAAUCCCUCUUUUAGUUUUCGACGGCGCCAAGUUUAAUCUCAAUUCGACACUUUUAGCAUAUCCUGUGCGAAUAUUGUACGAAAAAUGUCGUCUCCAAAGUCGCAAAAGUCUAGGUCGCCUACCAAGUCGCCGCCGGGACCGCAGUCCCCUGCUGCGCUGGGCCAGGUUGCCGAAGAACAGGCUGCAAUUGAAGUUGAUGAUGAUUCGGAUUCUUCUUACUCCAAAUCCACUGGGAUCACGGAUACCGAGUCCCUUCGGUCGUCGAUUAUGGCGUUCAAGUGGGAGAAUGGACGACGAUACCACGCUUACCAAGAUGGAUCCUAUUGGGCUCCCAAUGAUGAUCGCCAACAAGAAGCUGAAGACCUCAUGCAUGAGGUAUAUAGAAUCAUCCUUGGCAAUUCGCUGUAUGAGGCACCCAUUGGCGACAGCCCUCAGAAAGUUCUUGACAUAGGAUGCGGAACUGGCAUCUGGGCAAUCGAGUUCGCUGAUGAGCAUCCUUCGGCUGACGUUCUCGGCGUCGAUCUCUCUCCCAUCCAGCCAAACUUCGUACCCCCCAACUGCAGAUUCGAGGUUGACGAUAUCACAAACGAAUGGACUUAUCCGGAUGACACAUUCGACUUCAUUCACGCCCGCUCUAUGAUAGGCUGUAUUCCCGACUGGACUGAGCUUUACCGCAAAGCAUUCAAGCACACUAAGCCUGGUGGUUGGGUAGAAAGCGUCGAACUCUGGGGCAACUCAAAGUGUGAUGACGAUACCCUGAGGCCUGAGUCGCCGCUUUACAAGUGGGUUGAGGUCUUCAAGAAGAUUGAAUCUCUGACAGGCAAAUCCUUCUUCUGGGAUGAUAAGAUGCAGCAGUCAAUCUCUGACGCUGGAUUUACCAAUGUUUCGGGUCGAAGGAUCAAGGUGCCUAUUGGAACUUGGCCAAAAGAUAAGACUCUCAAGCAGUGGGGUGCUUGGAAUCGGCAUUUCCUUCUUCAAGGCCUUGAAGGUUUCUCGAUUCGUGGCUUAACCGAAAUGCUAGGCUGGAAAUACGAGGAUGCUCAGUUGUUCUUGGCCGACAUGCGCAAAGAGUUGACGAACCCAGCCCUGCACGCGUAUCUUGAAGUGACCGUCUUUUAUGGGCAGAAACCAGAGGCUUAAAGUAUUGUACUCAUGGAUGGUAGCACCGCGAGCAUUGUCUUGAGAUCACUAGGUACCAGGCCAUUGAGUGGAUGUUGGGCCAAGUUUCACGGCAGUCAAUAUCAAUAGACGUAUGAAUUGAACACCUUGCAGACGGGCUUCAGACACUAUAACCUACCUUUGCUGCCGUACUGAUGUGAUUAUCGUUCUCCCUCCGCGGUCCAGCAAAUAAACUAGAGCUUACCAAGUCCAGCUUUCCUGUUUUCAAUACACCAUCCAUUAGCGGUGAC